AUGCCCCAUCUAGCUAGGUGUUGUUCUUUGCCUUCGUGGCUUGGGCCGCGCCGUGCAUUCUUGGACGCCAUCAAGACCAUGCAUGGUGUCGCUGACGAGAGCGCCAAGGUGAAGCCAACACUAGUAGGAGAGCUCGCUGUUGACUUCGAGGUGGACUUGGAAGAGGACUCAGACCUCGGCGAUGCUCUCUAUGAAUACUUGGGCCUUGAAGGGGACGAGGGGGCCGCGGCUGAGGCAAAAGGAUUUAGGUUACUUGAAGAUGGUUACACGCAACUCCUUCGCAAGCUAGACCCUCAGGAGAGCCUCGUGGUCGCCUCGACAGCGUCUGAAUCUGACUUCCCUAUGGAAUGGAUCGACUUGUACGCGACAGCCUAUCUCAGGCUAGGCUCCUUGCUCAAGGCUGGACGCUUUCAUUGCUCAGCUGGAGGGGCCUUCCUCAGGGCUGUUGCAGUGGUGGCGCCCUCUAGGACAGACAUUCUGGUCACUCGUGUGAGGCGAGUGCAUUUACUGCACUCGUUAGCCGAACUAGAGGGACGUAGAGUGAGUUCACCUCCUGCUGAUGGGCAGGACAAGGGACCCUCGACAGAGUCCAUACUAGAGGACAGCCCCGCCCCGACCGGCUCCUCUCCUCGGAGUGUGGUGGAUGCUGGUCCCUCUAUAACUCGUCCCACUUCGGUAUCUUCUCUCGUGUCGUCUGACUCGGUAGCAGACGACCCCUCUAAGGGCGAUGGGGAGGAGGAGGAGGUGGCCUCGCUGAGCUACUCCGUGACAGAGUACGAGUCGCCCCGCUUGAAGUGGAGUCGUAGCCCAGAUCAAGGGAACAAACUGAACGAGUCUGAGGAGGGGGAGGAGUUUGGCGGCGAUCAGGGGAAAGGCAGUACUGAAGAGCCCUCCCGCCUAAGAGGUGUUAUUCCUCCCCCGGUCCGACCCUAUUCAGUGAGGCCCGGCAAAGACGAAGACGACGACAUGGGGUUGUCGGAUGUGAUACGAGAUAGUCGAGAUUAUGAAGAUGGCGAGCUAAUCACGACAGUCAGGGACUCCAUUCCAAACGGUUCUGGUGAAAUUGAGGAUAAUCGGCUUCGCUCCGCUCUGGCGAGUCGAGCAAACAGGACCUUAUCGUCGAGCCAAGGGGGACGUAAAGCGCCUGUGAAUGGUAUCAAUAUGCGUUGUGGUUUCGCCUCUGUAGAGGAGCUUGAGGCGGCUCUUAAGAAAAAGAGAGAGGCGCUCAGACUAGAUGACCCCGAUGCCGGUCUGCGCAUAGACGCCCAAGUGGCCCAGUCGCGAUCCAAAGUUAUUACCGGCCGGUCAGCCUUCUUCCCAGAGCUGCGGGCUAGGGUGUCUGAAAUGCAGCAGAGGAUGGAGGCCCUGAGGUCCUCCCCUGAUGAGGCUUCCAAACUUGCCUCCGGGACCGGCGAUCUCGAGGAGACGAUAGCGAGGUCCUUGGUGUGGGAUGGGAUGGACCCGGUAGAGGCGCGGAUGAUGGCUCGGAAGGUCGAUAAGAAGAGGGUCAGCCGCGUUCUGCAUCGGCUAUCGACCUAUUCAAGAGGACUAGGCGGAGAUAGUGGUGCUUCACAUGGAGAGCUAGCAACUUCCGUGUGCGCACUGGCCGGCCGUUAA